UUGAGUUUCAAGGCAGAGAGAAGAGCCCGAAGCAGAUAUUCCACGACCUGUAGAGCUCUGCACACAUUCGAUCGUCGUCUUUUGGUUGACUGAUUUUUGGUUGGUUUUGAAGAGAUUGAAGAGGUCGGAAGAGAAUUGAGGAGGUAAGAAGAGAUUUGCUGGGUGCUUUAGUGGUGGAGUUGAUGGGAGGGGGGUGAGAGGGAGAUGGAUCUGGUGUGCACUUGCUUCAUUACGAGGCUGUGUGAGAGCGAUGGGGUUAUAUGAAGAGAAAUGCUAACGGAUUAAUGAUGUCAGGUUCAGCAAUUAGUCGAUAUAUAUACAGAAACAGAAAGGUCUAGCAAAGAUCGAAAAUCAUACAGCAGCAAUAAUUGUCUAAUGCUGAUCUCACACUGUAUCGCAUUCUGCGUGCUCGUGCUGGCGGCACUUGUGUGUGCAGGGCAGGAUUACUACGAGAUCCUCGGGGUGCCGAAAGAUGCGAGUGAGAAGCAGAUCAAGUCGGCCUACCGCCAGCUGAGUAAGAAGUACCACCCGGACAAGAAUCCUGGAAACAAGGAAGCCGAGGAGAAGUUUGUGCAAGUGGCGGAGGCAUACGAAGUCCUGCAAGACAAGGAAAAACGCAGCAUCUUUGACCGCUACGGCGAGGAAGGACUGAAGCAGCGCACAGGGGGCGGCGGCGGCGGCGGCGGCGGGCAGCACGGCGGCGACCCGUUCGAUCUCUUUUCGCGGUUCUUUGGCGGCGGCGGGCAUUUCCGCGGCGCGCGAAGAGGACCAAACAUGGAGGCGCGCGUGCAGGUCAGUCUUAAGGAUAUCUACGUGGGCAAGGAGUUUGAGUUCACGGUGCCGGUGCAGACGAUAUGCGAUACGUGCGGAGGCAGCGGGUCGGAGGACGGCGAGCGGCAUGAGUGCGGAGCGUGUGGCGGGCGCGGGAUGAGGGUUGUGAGAAGGCAGCUUGCGCCGGGGAUGUUCCAGACGGUGCAGGUGCCGUGCGAUAGCUGCAAGGGCGCGGGGACGGUGAUCAGCCAUCUGUGUCCGGUGUGCAAGGGGUCGCGGGUGGUGAAGGAGACGCGGACGCACACGAUUGAAGUGCAGCCGGGGACGCCGAAGGGGGCGCGGAUGGUGUUUGAGAACGAGGCGGACGAGGACCCGGACUGGGAGGCGGGGGAUCUGUAUGUGGAGAUUGAGGAGAAGAAGGACGAGAACAUGGGGUUCCGGCGGCGGGAGGCGGAUAUGUUUCGGGUGGAGGUGCUGAGCGCGCGGGAGGCGAUCAAGGGAGGAUGGAAGCGGGAGAUUGAGUUUCUGGACGGGAAGAACGUGACGAUAAUGCGCAAGGCGGGCGAGGUGGUGCAGAACGGGGAGAUCCAGGUGGUGAAGGGACGGGGGAUGCCGAGGUUUCAGCAGGCGGGCAAGUACGGGGAUCUGUAUAUUGAGUAUGUGGUUGUGAAUCCGGGGAAGGGGAAGGUCCGGGAUGAGCUGUAGAUGUGAUGAGGAAGGACAGAAGAGGUAUGACGAUAGUUUGAAUAUAGAUUGGCAUGAUUGAGGGCGAUCCCGAUUGAUGAGUUAUGUGAUUGUUCUACAUUCUCGUUCUCGUUGAUUGUUCGACUGUAAUAGCAGAGUAUUCUCAUUGCAUCAACAGUAAGCAGAGCAGAGUAAAGAGGGGCCUCAUCCAUCGGGGUCGGCGUUCGGUGAUCCUGUCGCAGUUCGGCGAUAAUCCUCAGAAGAGCAGCAGAGCAGCAGAGCAGCAGCAGCAGCAGCAGCAGCAGCGCAACACAGCAACAGACAGCAACAGACAGCAAACAGCCCCGCACCGCAGUCUAGAACUCCUCCUCUCCG